AUGGGUCAGAAGCUCUCGGGGAGCCUCAAGUCUGUGGAGGUGCGAGAGCCAGCUCUUCGGCCUGCCAAGCGGGAGCUUCGAGGCUCAGAACCCGGGCGGCCAGCGCGGCUAGACCAGCUGCUGGACAUGCCUGCGGCAGGGCUGGCUGUUCAGCUGAGACAUGCCUGGAACCCCGAGGACCGCUCGCUUAAUGUCUUCGUCAAGGAAGAUGACCGCCUCACCUUCCACCGUCACCCGGUGGCCCAAAGCACGGAUGGCAUCCGCGGCAAGGUGGGCCAUGCCCGGGGCCUGCACGCAUGGCAGAUCCACUGGCCAGCUAGGCAGCGGGGUACCCAUGCUGUGGUGGGCGUGGCCACGUCCCGUGCCCCUCUGCACUCAGUGGGUUACACCGCACUGGUGGGCAGCGACUCCGAGUCGUGGGGCUGGGACUUGGGCCGCAGCCGCCUAUACCACGAUGGCAAGAACCGACCUGGGGUGGCAUACCCUGCUUUCUUGGGGCCGGACGAGGCCUUUGCUCUGCCAGAUUCCUUAUUGGUCGUGCUGGACAUGGACGAGGGCACGCUCAGCUUCAUCGUGGACGGCCAGUACCUGGGCGUGGCCUUUCGUGGCCUCAAGGGCAAGAAACUGUACCCGGUGGUGAGUGCCGUGUGGGGCCACUGCGAAGUCACCAUGCGCUACAUCAAUGGCCUUGACCCUGAGCCCCUGCCGCUGAUGGACCUGUGCCGGAGAUCCAUCCGCUCAGCCCUGGGCAGACAGCGCCUGCGGGACAUCGACUCCCUGCCCCUGCCUCAGUCGCUCAAGAACUAUCUGCAGUACCAGUGA